AUGACGAGCCAACUUGCUCACCCAUGGGGCCGCAUUCUCUCGCUUUUGGCCCUGCACCUCUUGCUCGUCGCUGUGACGGCCUACCAACCAUUGUCUGAUGACUUCCUUCGAAACGUCACCCUGAACGAUACCGACUUCAACAUAGAUUCCGGCGGUCUCCUCGCCCCCAUAUUGGUACCACGGGUUCCCGGCACACCGGGCCAGGUAAAGGCCCAAGAACAUUUGGCCGGCUUCUUCAGGAAAGAGCUGCCGAAAUGGGAGCUGAUAUGGCAGAACUCGACAUCGACAACCCCCGCCACGGGAAAGAAACAAAUACCUUUUGCCAACCUCAUAGCGAGGAGAGAGCCGCCGUGGACGAAGCCGGGGCAGGCCAAUUACUUGACAUUGGUGGCACACUACGAUAGCAAGAUGAAGCCCGACGGCUUCAUUGGCGCCACGGACAGCGCGGUGCCUUGUGCCAUCCUCUUACACGUGGCGAGGUUCGUGGAUGGGUAUAUGCAGCGAAUGCACGACGAGAUGGUGUCGCUGGGCGAGUUAGGCGGCACCGUGCCCAUGGAUAUGGGUGUACAGAUACUGCUGUUGGACGGGGAGGAAGCUUUUGUCUCCUGGACAGACACCGACUCGUUGUAUGGGGCCAGGAGCUUGGCCGCCGAGUGGGAGAGCUCCUUCAACCCGGCCAUGUCCAAGUACAAAAGCCCGCUCGAGCAGAUCAGCAUGUUCGUCUUGCUCGACUUGCUAGGGACAGCAGACCCAAACGUGCCCUCCUACUUCCAGACGACGCAUUGGGCAUACCAAGGCAUGGCCAACGUCGAACGGCGAAUGAGGAACAUGGGCCUUUUGGAAAGCCAUGCUUCCAGCCCAUUUCUUCCCGACGCAGAUAAGCAGCCCAACCAAUUCGGCAGAGGUGGCGUCCAGGAUGAUCAUAUUCCAUUCAUCACCCGUGGGGUUGACACGUUACAUAUCAUUCCCUCGCCGUUUCCGCCCGGAAUAUGGCAUACCAUGAGAGACGACGGUGCCCAUCUCGACCUGGCCACCGUGAGGGACUGGGCCAAGAUCAUGACAGCGUUUACGAUGGAGUGGCUCGAUAUGAUGGAACUCGUACCAUGA